CCUGCCGUGUAGUUUGUGGCUCCGCCCCCAGGUCAGGACUCCGGGAGUAGCAGCUGGCUGCAGAUCCCUCCCGAGGAACAUGCGGUUAUUUCUACCUACUUCGGGGGACAUCACCACCUCCUUUUCCACAUGGAGUGAGCUUCGUUUUGGAAACGCGUCAAACCAAACACAGCCGUAUUGUUACAGUGGCCACACGGGAAGCACGGUGCUACAAGGAGUCACCUUUGGCGGGAUCCCUACUGUUUUGGUAUUGGAUGUGGCCUGCUUUGUGCUGUUACUGUUUCUCUUCUCCUUUAUUCGUAAGAAGUUCUGGGACUACGGCCGCGUGGCCCUUGUGUAUGACGCAGACAGCUCCUAUGAAGCAAAAUCACCUUCAGUUAAUGAGGAGCUGGAAAGGGACAAGGGCUUCUGUUCCUGGAUAUCGGCCCCGUUCCACAUGCGUGAUGAAGACAUCUACGAGCGGUGCGGUGAGGACGCCUGCCACUACUUGUCAUUCCAGCGCCACAUCAUAUUCUUCCUAGUUGUCGGCAAUCUCCUGUGUAUGGUCGCCAUAUUGCCGGUCAAUCUGUCUGGUAGUCUGCUUGAUGCCGAUCCUCUAAGCUUUGGAAGGACAACCAUUGCUAAUCUUCAGCUUGAAGACGGCCUGCUGUGGCUUCAUACGGUCAUUGGAGUGGUCUUUCUCAUCCUCAUUGUCUUCCUCAUGAGACAUCAUACAUCUGCCAUCAAGUACAAGGAUGAAGAUACGGUGAAACAGACUCUUUUUAUCAGAGGACUACCUCGCCACUCCAGAAGAGACUCCAUCAAGAGACACUUUACUGAGGCUUAUCCCACCUGCCGAGUGAUGGAAGUCCACUUGUGCUACGAUGUCUCUAAACUAAUCUGGAUCAACAUUGAGAGGAGGAAAGCUGAAAAGAGUCUGACUUAUUACAACGAUCUUCUCAACAAUACUGGAGAGUACGCCUUAAUAAACCCCAAGCCGUGUGGGCAGUUAUGCUGCUGUGUUACGCCUGGGUGUGAGCGGGAGGAUGCAAUUGGAUAUUACACGAGGAUGAGAGAUAAGCUGCUGGAAGAGUAUACAGCUAAUAUGGAGGUAGUUCUAAAUGCUCCACUCGGUAUGGCCUUUGUCUCGUUCUCUGACAAGUCUAUGGCAACUUUUAUCCUGAAGGAUUUCAACGCUGUUAAGUGUCACGGACAAAAGUGUUCCACCCAACCCCAACCAUCCAGCCUCAGCAAACAGCUUUCUGCCUUGCAAUGGUCUGUCUCCUACGCCACCUACCCAGAGAAUAUCUCCUGGGAGAAUAUGUCGGUGCACGGAGUGAGAUGGUGGGCCCGUUUCAUCGGCAUCAAUUUUAUCCUCUUCAUUGUGCUGUUCUUCCUGACAACGCCAUCAAUUAUUAUUACUACAAUGGACAAGUUCAACGUCACCAAACCCAUCUACUACCUAAAUAAUCCAAUCAUCAGUCAGUUCUUCCCAACUUUGCUGCUGUGGUCGUUCUCUGCACUGCUGCCCACGUUCGUGUACUAUUCCACCCUCUUCGAAGCCCACUGGACAAAAUCUGCAGAAAACCGGAUUAUGAUGCACAAAGUGUACAUCUUCCUGAUAUUCAUGGUCCUAAUUUUGCCAUCUCUUGGCCUCACCAGCUUAGACGUUUUCUUCCGAUGGCUAUUUGACAAGACCCUGGAUGGUCCCUUCAGACUGGAGUGUGUAUUCCUUCCUGACCAGGGGGCCUUCUUUGUCAACUAUGUAAUCGCCUCGGCCUUUAUCGGGAAUGGGCUGGAAUUGAUGCGUCUUCCAGGGCUCAUCUUGUACACCGUCCGCAUGGUUCUGGCCAAGUCCGCAGCGGAAAGGCGGAAUAUUAAGCAGCACCAGGCUUAUGAAUUUCAGUUUGGAGCGAUGUACGCUGGGAUGCUUUGUGUUUUCACAGUCAUCAUGGCUUACAGCAUCACAUGUCCCAUUAUUAUGCCUUUCGGUCUGAUCUACAUGCUUCUUAAACAUCUGGUGGAUCGGUACAACCUAUUCUACGCCUAUCUCCCCACCAAACUGGAUAAGAAGAUCCACUUCUCAGCUGUCAGUCAGUCUCUGGCUGCCCCCAUAUUGUGUCUCAUGUGGCUGUUUUUCUUCUCUCUCCUGCGGAUGGGAUUGAAAGCCCCGACUCUGUUCACACUGGUCAUCAUUCUCCUGACCGUUCUGGUCUCCAUUUUGUAUGCUUGUUUUGGCUGCUUCAAACAUCUCAGCCCACACAAUUACAAGAUAGCGGAAUCACAGGCCGGCACAGAGUCCCCAAUAGAAGAAGAGGACAUUCCCCGGAGGUCACCUAUGUACGUCCCCAGUGUAUUACAUUCUGUGGGUAUGGAUAAGGAACCCCAUCGAACCUAUGGAACUAUGGAAGAGCAGACGGAACCUGUCACUACAGACGACCGGCAAGCAUUUUUUGAUGAAUCCUGAGCACAAUGUAAUGACCAGGAAUUGCCACAAGAGGGAGACAUUACUCCUGUAAAAAUCUCCAGUAUGAAAUCAUGUGUUUAGAGGAGAAAGAACAUAUAAAAUGAUUUUUGA